UGACCUCAUCCCUGGUGUGGGAUGACGUCAAAUUCAAGAUGGAUGGAAUCACAGCGGCAGCGGCGGCUGCGGCGCGCGCGAGCCGAGUGUGAGCGGAAAGGGGCCCGGCGUCUGCCUCGAGACUGAAGACCGAUAAACUCAAGCCAUGGAGGGAUUACUGCAUUACAUCAACCCCGCACACGCCAUUUCUCUCCUAAGUGCCCUGAAUGAGGAGCGUCUCAAAGGACAGCUGUGUGAUGUGCUGCUGAUUGUUGGAGACCAAAAGUUCCGAGCUCAUAAAAACGUCUUGGCUGCCAGCAGCGAAUACUUUCAGAGUUUAUUCACAAAUAAGGAAAAUGAGUCACAAACUGUAUUUCAGCUUGACUUCUGUGAGCCAGAUGCUUUUGAUAAUGUUUUAAACUACAUUUAUUCUUCCUCUCUAUUUGUUGAGAAGAGCAGCCUUGCUGCUGUGCAAGAACUUGGCUAUAGUCUUGGGAUUUCCUUUCUGACUAACAUCGUUUCUAAAACACCUCAAGCCCCCUUUCCAACGUGUCCUAAUAGAAAAAAAGUGUUUGUAGAAGAUGAUGAAAACAGUUCUCAAAAGAGAAGUGUCAUUGUUUGUCAAAGUAGAAACGAAGCACAAGGAAAAACUGUUAGUCAAAAUCAACCCGAUGUAAGCCAUACUUCCCGGCCCUCUCCUAGCAUUGCAGCCAAGGCCAAUACCAAUAAGCCACAUGUCCCAAAACCAAUUGAACCACUUCAUAAUUUGUCAUUAACUGAAAAGAGUUGGCCGAAAGAUAGUUCUGUGGUAUAUGCAAAGUCUCUUGAGCAUUCUGGAUCUUUGGAUGAUCCUAAUAGAAUCAGUUUGGUGAAAAGAAAUGCAGUGUUGCCUUCAAAGCCUCUGCAAGACAGAGAAGCUAUGGAUGAUAAACCAGGUGUGAGUGGUCAGCUUCCGAAAGGAAAAGCUCUAGAGCUGGCUUUGAAGAGACCACGGCCACCUGUUUUGUCUCUGUGUAGCUCAUCAGAGACUCCCUAUCUAUUAAAAGAAACGAACAAAGGAAAUGGUCAAGGUGAAGAUAGAAACUUGUUGUACUAUUCAAAGUUAGGCUUAGUGAUCCCAUCCAGUGGAUCUGGUUCUGGAAACCAAAGCAUUGACAGGAGUGGCCCACUUGUUAAGAGUCUCCUCAGACGGUCAUUGUCCAUGGAUAGCCAGGUUCCUGUCUAUUCACCUGCCAUAGAUUUGAAAUCUUCCCAGGGAUCAUCUUCGGUGUCCAAUGAUGCACCAGGGAAUGUGUUGUGUGCUUUAUCUCAGAAGUCAUCUUUAAAAGAUUGUAGUGAAAAAACAGCCCUAGAUGACAGGCCUCAAGUGCUACAACCGCAUCGCCUCAGGUCCUUUAGUGCUUCUCAGUCAACAGACAGGCAGGGAGCCUCCCCUGUGACUGAGGUGCGCAUAAAGACUGAGCCCAGUAGCCCGCUGUCAGAUCCCUCGGACAUCAUCCGCGUCACUGUGGGAGAUGCGGCAGCAACAGCAGCUGCCUCAUCUUCAUUGGUCACGAGAGACCUGUCUCUGAAAACAGAAGAUGACCAAAAAGACAUGAGCAGACUCCCAGCAAAAAGGAGGUUCCAAGCGGACCGAAGAUUGCCGUUUAAGAAGUUAAAGGUGAAUGAGCACGGGUCUCCUGUGUCAGAAGAUAAUUUUGAGGAAGGCUCAAGCCCUACUCUCCUUGAUGCAGAUUUUCCAGAUUCUGAUUUGAAUAAAGACGAAUUUGGUGAGUUGGAGGGGACGAGACCAAACAAAAAAUUUAAAUGCAAACAUUGCCUUAAGAUCUUUAGAUCAACAGCGGGUCUUCACCGUCAUGUUAACAUGUACCAUAACCCAGAAAAGCCCUACGCUUGUGACAUCUGUCACAAGAGGUUUCACACCAACUUCAAAGUGUGGACACACUGUCAGACCCAACACGGCAUAGUGAAGAACCCAUCACCAGCCUCUAGUUCACAUGCUGUUUUGGAUGAAAAAUUCCAAAGAAAGCUGAUUGAUAUAGUGAGAGAGAGAGAAAUUAAGAAGGCUCUGAUCAUUAAGUUAAGGCGCGGCAAGCCUGGUUUUCAGGGACAGAGUAGCUCCCAAGCGCAGCAAGUCAUCAAGAGGAACUUGAGAUCUCGAGCCAAAGGAGCUUACAUUUGUACUUACUGCGGAAAAGCGUACCGCUUUCUCUCUCAAUUUAAGCAGCACAUAAAAAUGCAUCCAGGAGAAAAACCCCUUGGAGUAAAUAAAGUUGCUAAACCAAAAGAGCAUGCUCCUCUUGCAAGUCCAGUAGAAAACAAGGAGGUUUACCAGUGCCGCCUCUGUAAUGCUAAGCUCUCUUCUCUCCUAGAGCAAGGAAGCCACGAGCGGCUGUGCCGGAACGCGGCCGUCUGCCCUUACUGCAGCCUCAGGUUUUUCUCGCCCGAGCUGAAGCAAGAACACGAGAGCAAGUGUGAGUAUAAGAAGCUGACCUGCCUCGAGUGCAUGCGCACCUUCAAGUCCUCUUUCAGCAUCUGGCGGCACCAGGUUGAGGUCCAUAAUCAGAACAACAUGGCACCCACCGAAAACUUUUCUUUGCCCGUUUUGGACCACAAUGGUGAUGUGACUGGUUCUUCAAGGCCCCAAUCCCAGCCUGAGCCCAAUAAAGUAAACCACGUCGUCACCACAAAAGACGACAACGUGUUCAGUGAUUCUUCAGAACAAGUCAACUUCGACUCGGAAGAUUCCUCUUGUCUCCCUGAAGACCUUAGUCUUUCCAAGCAACUGAAAAUCCAAGUCAAAGAGGAGCCUGUGGAGGAGGCUGAAGAAGAAGCACCCGAGGCCAGCACAGCCCCCAAAGAAGCGGGUCCUAGCAAAGAAGCCAGCCUGUGGCCCUGCGAGAAGUGUGGGAAGAUGUUCACGGUGCACAAGCAGCUGGAGCGUCACCAGGAGCUUCUGUGCUCUGUGAAACCAUUUAUUUGUCACGUGUGCAACAAAGCUUUUCGCACUAAUUUUCGACUCUGGAGUCACUUCCAAUCGCACAUGUCUCAGGCUUCAGAGGAAUCGGCACAUAAGGAAUCUGAGGUGUGCCCUGUUCCCACAAACUCUCCCUCUCCACCACCUCUGCCACCGCCACCACCACUGCCCAAGAUCCAGCCUCUGGAGCCUGACAGCCCCACAGGCCUGUCCGAAAACCCAGCUCCAGCCACAGAAAAACUGUUUGUGCCCCAAGAAUCAGACACCCUUUUUUACCAUGCCCCACCCCUUUCAGCAAUCACAUUUAAAAGACAGUUUAUGUGUAAACUUUGCCACAGGACAUUCAAGACUGCAUUUAGUCUUUGGAGUCAUGAACAAACACACAAUUGAAAGACCAACACUUUUUACCUAUGGGAGGCAGUCCCCAGAUUUCAACCUGAAUUGUUAAAUGUGUCAUAAGAAACAAAAUAUUUUUUAAACAAGAAUAAUAAAGGUUGCAGAUCGUUACGCUUGAAAUUAAGUUUGAGACAAAUUGAUAAUUACUUAGUAAUGUCCUUAAUCAACUUUAGAAAUACACCUUUUAAAAUAUUGUGGUUCUGGAUCUUACAAGAACAAGAUGGUUUGAUUUCGUUAAUGUUGAAAUUGGAUUAGUCUUGAUUGUGUGCAUGGUUCCUCAUUCCAUGGUGUCAGUAUAAUCAUUUAAUUGAGGUUUUUGGUUUUUUAUUGAUUAGUGGAAUACUAUCGAAGUAUUCCUUCUUUUGAUUAUUUUAGACACUUGAGUUCUAGUUAAAUCUUAACCAUGUUCUUAAGUCCAAAAUAGGAAGAAGUGGAGUAGUUUGCAGUAUUGAUUUAUAUCUUAGACUACUUUAGCAAUAAAAGAUAAAUCUCAACUUUAAUAAGUUAUCCUGACACUUGAUAAAAAUAAAUAUUUGGUAUUUUGUGGUCAUGUAAAACUUCUUUUUGUAUGAAAAUUGUGAGAAAUUUAAAUCAGCAAUAGUAACACUUAGAUUUUUAUAAACUAACAAAAACUUGCUCUCAGUCAAUAUAAUAAAUGAUAGUUAAACUCUAAGGAAGACCUGGGAAAUGAAAACAAUUUAUGGAAGUCCCCUACAGUCAGUUUAUAAGGGCUUCGGUAGUGAUAGACAUUGUUAUAAAAACUUGUACCGUGUUACAUGUACACUGCACCGCAGUCUAAAUUCAGACCAGCAUUUGAAGGACUGCACAUAUUUCCUCUGAUUUAUGCUGUCACAAAUUGAAAAUCUGAGUGUAGUUAGGACAGAAAACAAAGCUAACCAUAUGGCACUAAUUUUGAUUUUAACAUUAGUAUAACAAAUAAGGUCGGGACAUAUAUUUAAAUAGAUCCCAGACACUCAAGAAUUAGCACAGCUGAUGUAAUAAAUUACCGUUUACUUCCAGAUAGAGCAGAGGAGAAACACCUCACUGCAGUUUCAACGUGCUUUCCAAGAACAAUAUAUACGACAUAUACAUUUUCCUGCCUCUCUCUUGUGACAAUUUCUGUUAGAAUUUGUUGGGGGUCUGGUGGUUAAAAUCAUGGGCAAGGCCAUUCUCUACAUCAUUGCUUAAUAUUUCAAAAAUAGGUAUUAGAGCACUAUCAGUGGUCCAAAAUUAGCUUUAGCUACUUAUUUUGGUCCACGGGUUUUGGGCUUUUCAAAGAAUACUAUGUAUAAUUUGUAAUUGAAAGCCUUUCAGUAGGAUAUCCAAAGUUCAAUGUGUUUCAAAA